AAGACUUGUCCGCUAAGAGGAGUGGGGGAAAUCACUUAACUUUAAGUAAGAUAAUUAUGUUAUUCCCAUAAUUCAUCAAUUUACAUACUCUAGACAUAUUUACCAUAUUUCGACACAUAUCCAACAUUACGCUAUUAUAAGAUUUUUUAAACUUGAAAAUAUAUGCUUAUAGACUCAAUUAAAGAGUAAAAAUUUCACAUAAUAGAAUCAAUUUUCCAAUUAUUUCUAUAAGAUAAAAUAUGAAGUUGGAAAAAAAAAAAAAAAACCCCAAAAAAAUCAUACGUUUAACAACUUGUUAUGAGUCGAGUCUGGUUGAUUCGACUCAAGUUGAGCAACCUUGACAAACAACAUACAUCGUACAUAGAACAAAAUAAACAAUAGAUACAAGAUUACAACCACAUGUGACACUACUGUGGGGACCGUGCAAGCUCAACAACAGCCAGUCCAUUGCAGCAGUCAUCUCAGCAACCCAACCCAGUACAAAAUUGUACAACUAAUAUCAUAUCCUCUCACAAUAUUCACUCUUCCCGACACUUCUGCUUUUGUUGUCCCAACUACGCGUUUUCCGCACCUGAAAGCGCCGCCCAUUUUUAAAUCUCCCAAAAAAACAACAAAUUAUGCUGUCUUUUGGAAACUCCUUGGAAAAUUCCUACUUGUUCUUCUUCCUCCAUCACCGCUACUCAUUUUCUCCUCCAUUAUCCUUUUAAUUGGGCCUCUAAAGGAUUACCCAGAUCGGAUUUUGCUUGGUUUUGGGGUUAACUUGAUUGGUUUCUGAACUGGGUUUUUGUUGGCUUGCUGAUUGGAGGUUGAAAUUUGAAGAAAUCUGACAAGUUCAAACUUUGGUUGAAUUUUGUUGGUUUGAGCUGAUUUUGGGAUUAAUUAGUUGGUUUUGUGAACUGGGUAUUUGUUGAUUUGAUGUUUUGAGGUUGGUUAUUCUGAUAAUCAUGUAUUUUGCGAAGUUCAAGUUUGGCGUUUGGGUAUUGUUUGCUAUGUGUUUGAUAAAAUGCUCCUUAGAGUUUGACCCAGCUGAUAAUUAUCUCAUAAAUUGUGGAUCAUCCACUGAUGCUUCAGUAGGUGAUCGAGUUUUCUUGGGUGAUUCAAAUGUGAAUUCUAGUGUUGUUCUUUCAACCUCUCAAAAGAUUUGGGCUAAUACAAGCUCAAAUUCAAUCCCAACUUCAGAUUCUUCAGAUCUGUAUAAAACUGCUCAAAUUUUUACCGGAAACUCCAACUAUACUUUCUCUGUUUCGAAACAUGGCCGUCACUGGAUUCGCCUUCAUUUCUUCCCAUUUGCAUCGCAGAAUUUUAAUAUGAGCCUUGCUAGAUUCUCAGUUUCAGCUCAGAAUUUCACCCUUUUGAGAAAUUUUCAACCAGAUGAGGUUACUCCUGUGGUCAAGGAGUAUUCUUUGAACAUAACAUCAGAUAAGCUUAUUCUUCUUAUCACCCCAUCAUCUGGAUCCUUUGCAUUCUUAAAUGCCCUGGAACUAGUUUCUGUUCCUGAUGAGCUUAUCCCUCAUAGUGUCAGAACUGUCGAUUCUCCUGGCUCUAGUGAAAACCUCUUGCAGCAAGCUUUGCAGACUGUCUUUAGGGUGAAUAUGGGGAAUACCGCAGUUAGCCCUCGAAAUGAUACCCUCUCCCGGCAUUGGGUUCCUGAUGGAACCUUCUUAAGAACCCAUAAUCUUGUCCAGUUCUUGUCGAAGGCACAGGCUAUUAAUUACACAGGAAGCGGGUCGACCCCUGAAAUUGCUCCUCCUCUAGUCUAUGGAACUGCCAGUAAGUUGAACUCUGAACUUGAUCCUACUUUGAAUUUGAAUGUGACUUGGAAUUUCGAUGUUGAUCCGGGUUUCAGUUAUUUGGUUCGGUUUCAUUUCUGUGAUAUAGUUAGCAAAACACUGGGUCAGAUGAUGUUUAACGUUUAUAUCAACUCCUGGUUUGCCGAUAAACAUCUUGAACUUGAUAAAUUGGGCUCUCCUUAUUAUCUAGAUGUUGCUGUGCGAGAUAGUCAUAGUAAUUCUCUCACUGUGAGUGUUGGAACUAUUAGUGAUGGUAGUUCUUACCCCAACGCCAUGCUUAAUGGGCUUGAGAUCAUGAAAAUAAGUAACUCUAAGGGUUUUCUUGAUGUUGAUGCAUCUUUGAAGUCGAGUGCUAAGGUCAAAACUGGUCUGAUAGUGGGUUUAGCCGUUGGGGUUGUGUGUAUCAUUAUGAUUCUGGGUUUAGCUUGCUUCCUGGUCAGGAGGAGAAAAAGGACAUAUUCAAAUGCAAACGGAAACAAAAUUGAGGGAGCCUCUGAAUAUGGUUAUCGUUUCUCUUUUGCUGCCAUUAAAAAAGCCACUGACAACUUUAAUGAAAGCUUGGUCAUUGGAGUUGGAGGUUUUGGGAAGGUGUUCAAAGGGGUGCUAGAUGAUAAUAGAGAGGUUGCUAUAAAGAGGGGAAAUCCUGAUUCUCAACAGGGCAUUAAUGAAUUUCGGACUGAAAUUGAAAUGCUAUCGCACUUCCGUCAUCGCCAUUUAGUGGCUCUCAUUGGGUACUGUGAUGAGCAGAACGAGAUGAUAUUGUUGUACGAGUACAUGGAAAAUGGGACACUUAAGAGCCACUUGUAUGGCUCUGAUAAUCCUAUCUUGAGCUGGAAACAGAGACUUGAGAUAUGCAUUGGUUCAGCCAGAGGUCUUUAUUAUCUUCAUACAGGUUCUGCAAAGCCCAUCAUCCAUCGUGAUGUCAAGUCAGCAAAUAUACUGCUAGAUGAGAACCUGAUGGCUAAAGUUGCAGAUUUUGGUCUAUCAAAAGCUGGUCCAGAUCUUGAUCACACGCACGUUAGUACUGCUGUGAAAGGAAGCUUUGGUUACCUAGAUCCGGAGUAUCUCAUAAGACAACAGCUGACUGAAAAAUCAGAUGUUUACUCCUUUGGUGUUGUCCUGUAUGAGGUUCUCUGUGGGAGGCCAGUAAUUGACCCAAGCCUUCCUCGUGAGAUGGUUAAUUUGGUGGAAUGGGCAACCAAGUCACAGAAGAAAGGGGAGUUGGAAAAAAUUAUUGAUCCUAAUCUUGCAGGUCAAAUAAAACCAGAGUCUCUAAGAAAGUUCCUAGAGACAGCUGAAAAGUGUUUGGCUGAAUGUGGUCUUGAUCGCCCUACAAUGGGAGAAGUGCUCUGGAAUUUGGAAAAUGCGCUGCAGCUACAGGAAGACGAAGCCUCUUCACAAGGAAGUGACGAUGUCUCUUUGCAAGUUGAUGAUGAACAACCACUACAAAGUCUUCCUUCCACCAGACAAUAUAGCAUGGGAAGUGCAGCAGAUAUUGUCGAUAUUUCAAUGAAUACAGUUUUCUCACAAAUGAGAAAUGGUACUAUGAGGUGAUAGCUAUGUUAGCGCCAUCUAUCCACUCCGGCAUACUUUGAAUUUGCACAAAUGAAGACGGGUUAAUUUGUUGUACAGAGGAUUUGUUUUGGUUUAAUUCAUUCUUUUAUGCUCUUUUCUGUAUGAGCCAAAUGUUAGAGCUGUUGCAGGUAAAUUCUGCACAAAUCAUUAUUUAUUUGCCAUAUGGAGGUUUAAUCUGAUUACACAGCUCCAAUUAGAACUGUUCGACUUAUCUUAAUUAUACACAUUAUACACUGA